CACACACACAUAGGAGAGUCACUGUAUCUAAAGCACAAGUCGGAGUGCAUGGAGCAUGUUCUUCUCCUUUCCAACUCUCACAGCGGACAGACAUCUAAAGACCUGGUACAAGAGGAUCUGAAUGAUGAGUCAUCGCUCUCGAGCCUCCAAGGUGCGACAGCACGUCCACUGUGACUCCUGCUACAGUCGCCGCUGCAGAGCUCGGGUGGAGGUCUCUGUGUGCUGUGCACUCGUACCCUGCCGCCUGCACUGUGGAGCUCUCUUCCACCUGUGCAAGGAGGAGGAUCACCUGCUGCUCUGCCCUAACGUGAGGGUUCCAUGUCUGAACGCUGAGUACGGCUGCCCGGUCCAGCUGCCCCGGUCCUCACAUGCCGCUCACCUCCAGGUGUGUCCAGCCAGUGUGGUGUGCUGCUCCAUGGAGUGGAACCGCUGGCCGGCCAAUGAUGCCCAUUCUUAUCCCAACACGGAGCUGCAUGAAAACCUGCUCAGAGACAGAGAGCAGGGAGGAUGUCUGGACCUGGCCAUGGCCCUGAAAGACCAGGACCAUCUGUUUCACUCCAUGAAGAUGAAGAAGCUGUUCCCAGAGCUCAUCCUGAGUGUGGAGGAGGAGGAGAAAAAAGAUGAAAGGAGGGAGGAGGAGAGGAGGAAGGAGAAGCGGAGAAAGGCCAUCUUGGAGAAGGAGUUGGCAGCAAAGAAAGCAGCUGCACACACCUGGGAGUCUUUUGCCACUUUUAACAUCAAUACCGUUGAGGAGAAAGACGAUGAGGAUGAAAAUGAGGACGAAGAUGAAGAUGACGAGGAGCUAACUCAGGAGGAGAGGGAGGCUCUUGCCAGGGCCUCAGGAGUGCAUGCAGAACUUUUGGAAAACUACAAUGCCUAUGAGCGCAUGUUCAGUAUGGAGAUGGGCGGCUGCAGAGAAGCCGGAGAGACUACUGUGGGAGGCAGAGGCCAGAGGCUGACGAAAGGGAAAAGAAGAAGCCUGGACACACUGACAGAGGAAGAAACAGAAGACACCUCCAGAGGUGCAACAACAUCAAACACCUGUAACCAGAUGAGCCAUCCCACCACAUCCUCCUCGUCACGGCAGAUGGGGAAAUACAAGUAUGGACACUUGGAGCCAAUGAAGAUUAUCACUGUGCGUACGUUUAAAAUCCCAACCAGCUUCUCAGCCAAGCAGUCCCGUAUUCGCAACCCUGGUUUCUACAAGAGAGAGAGUCAAGCUGUUGACACCAGUGACCUCGGGGUGAGGCCAGAUGAGAUGCCAGUGUGGGAGGAAGUUCAGGCUUCACUCCUGUGCUCUCUGGAGAAAGAGCAGCGGGGUCACCUCAUCGCCGAGAGCAAAUGCACAGAUGGCCUGUUACAGGACGAAGGCACGCAGACCUUUGACUUCCUGUCCGCUCCCUUCCGGAGGAACACGUCGCUGGCCGAUCUGACAGUCGGAAAACCGCUGGAGCUGCAUCUUCAGCUGCAGGUGGAGGGCGUCACCAGCCGACACCACAAAGCCAGCUCUGCUUUCACCUUCCUCUGUGGACACGCGUUUCAGCGCAGAGAAUAUGGGAAACAUUAUAAGAACACCCACAGUGACAUACAGAUGAGUGUGAAUGGCUGGUUUGAGCAGAGAUGUCCGCUGGCGUACCUGGGCUGCACCUUCAGUCAGAAACGGUUCCAACCGUCCACGCAUGAAGCCAACGUCACCUACAAUGAGAAUAUGGGCUGCUUUAGUCUGCAUCCUGCCACCACUGUUUCUCUUGGUGAUGCCUCCCUGCCGUUCAGGAGCUCAGGGGACUCCUCUGCCUCUCAGAGGAGGAGAGGAGGUCGAGCAGCAGGAGGAGGAGGAGGAGGAGGAGAGGACUCUCUGAGCUCAUUACCUUAUGAGGUAUUGUGUCACAUGGCCACUUUCCUCGACAGUCUGUCCCUGUCCCAGCUGGCUCUGGUGUCCCGCCUCAUGAGGCAGGUGUGCUCCUCGCUGCUGCAAGAGAGAGGGAUGGUCACCCUCCACUGGGAGAGGAAGACCUACUCACAUGGAGGAGCCAAGUGGAGGGUGAAGCAGAGGGUCUGGCAGUUCAGCACCUUUUUCUCUCCUGUGGACACCUGGUGCUUCCGAGAUGUGCCGUCCAUUUCGGAGCAUCUGAAGGUGUGUCCUCACUAUGAGAGGGAGUUCAGAACCGAGAAGAUUCACCUGCCACGUGUCAGAGAAGACGGCCAAACCAACACAAGCUGCAAAGGUCACACUCUGGUGGAUUUAUUCCAGCAGAAGAGGAUCAUGAUGUAGACUGACAUGCUGCUGUUUGAAAAUUGAAUGUGUUAAUAGAAAACACUGGAGCUAAUAAGACCUCUGUCAUUUAAAACAAAUAAGAAAAGUAUAAUCAUGAACAAAAUUACCUCUGGGGAUUGAUUUUGGGACAAUGGUGUCUGAUAACACACAUUUGACUUGUACGACUGAUUUUACUCUAACUUUAUCAACAAAUAUAUCCAACUAUAGCCUUAUAUGUAUUACAAAUACAUAUACUAAGCAAGAAGAAAAGCAGAUUCAUGUUUUCUCUUGCACGGACAAGUUGCAUACUUAUAGACUUAUCUAGUUUAAUUCAGGUUAAUCAUUAGGGCAAACAAAAAAACUCUGUUUUGUAAUGGUAUAAACAAAUAAAAAUUUGGGAAGCAAAAUGGGCAACCUCAGCCAAAAUUUCCUUUUUCUCAUACUUUGUUGUUGGAUAUUUAACAAAAAUAAAGAUUCUCCGUUACUAUCGCCUUGUCACAGCACAUUUUAGAAACAUCUGUGCCAUUUGUAUUUUCUCAUGUAUUAAACUACUACUUAUUUUAUACACUAUUAGUGUUCAAUAAAACAGUUUAUGGCCUUGUA